GGCUGGUAAGCUGAGUUGACAUAAAUAAAAUAUUCAAGCGUAGAUGUAUUAAAGUUUAUUUGUAAAACGAUAAGGACCUAGUGCUGAGAUUUCGGGGGUGUUUUUUAUUGUACAAGCUGCUGCAAGAAGCCGUGUGCGUGCGUUGUACGUGAAAAUAAACGCCUCAAGAUGGACAUUCGUGGCAUCGAAAUCACGAAUCAGCUGAGGAGUGCCAUUCGAGCCAAACUGCUCGAACUGGGUGUUCGAUAUGACGAGGAGUUGCCAGACUACAUUUUGGUGAUGGUUGUAAACAAAAAGUCUCGGCAGCAGAUGAACGACGAUUUGCAGCUAUUCUUGGAGGAUCAUACCGAAACUUUCGUCAACUGGUUGCAUGAUCAAGUUUUGAAAAAACUGCAAAAAGUUACCAUUGCUAAGAAGAAAGGCAGCAGCAAGGAGAGUGUCCCACUGCUGCCCGUGAAGAAGGAGGAGGACCAAAAAAAAAUCAAAGAAGAAGACAAACCCAGCAGCUCUGAGCUGAAUUUGCAGCCGGAAGUGCUCACGAAGCAAGAAAGGGACAGAGAAUUUGAGGAGCUGGUUGGAGACUUGGCAAUGUUGAACGAAGAAGACUGCAGCAAGUCAAGUUUCAAGGAUUUGGAUAUUAGUGAUGAACAAAAGGAAAAGAGGAAAGAUUCUUACUCUCUUGAUUUAGAAUGUAAUACCAAUAGCAUGGAAAUGGACACUGCUGCCAUGUCUAUGGAUGUAAAAACACCACCACCACCAGUACCUGUACAGUCUUUGAUUAUAGAAAAAAAAGAAACAAGUCCAAUGCAAAGUUGUUCAUUGACACCUCCAAAAAAUAGUGAUUUCUCGUCUUCAGUUAUAAAAAGAAAAUCAAACGCAAAUGAAAGUGUUUCAGAAAAAAGUGAGCCAAGUAGUAAACGCAUGAAAAUCACGUAUGACUCUGAAAGUGAGAGUACUAACAAGCUCAAAUCAGCUACGACCAAGCCAAGAAUCACUUCUGUCGUUACAGUUAAAAAUAGGCUUGGUUCUUCUCCUACAAAAAAAUUGGAGUCUCCAGUGAAAGUUGGUGGAGAAAAAAUUGUCACAAGCAAAAGCCAUUCUGAUGUGAGAAAAAGCGACAUUGUUAGUCAUAAAAGUAGUUCGGAUCAAAGCAAAGACAAAGAUGGACGACGACGACAAAGUCGCUCGAAUUCGAGAUCUUCAAGUAGCAGAGAUAAGUCUGGAAGUAGAUCAAAGAAUGACAAACCAAAAAAGAUUACAGAUUUGAGAGAUAAGGUAAAACUGAGUAGCAAGCCGGGGACUGUGAAGUCUCGUCUUGGCGCCAUCGUAAGUUCUCAAACAGAAGAUAAAUUACCAUUGAAAUCAUCCAGUAGUACCACCAAAGUGAGUAAACCUAGAGUUAGUAAUGUCAAAAGUAGAUUGGGAGUGAAAGUGAAGCCUCAAAGGAAGGAUAAUUUGAGUGGAGCAGCAAGACUGUCUCAGAUAAUUAAAGAAUCCUGUGGAUUCCAACAGAAUGAAGAUGAUGAUACCGAAUCUUUGUUGAAUACUUCCCUCAAGUCUCACAUAAUCGCAAUUAAGAAACCAAAACUGCAGAAGGCAAAAGAUAAAGUUUCCAAAGUGUCAAAAAGAAAAGCUGAUUUAAGCAAAGAUAAUAAAAAAGAGGAGCAUAUUACAAAUAUCAUUGAAGAUGAUGAUGAGGACACUCAGGGUAAGCUCUCGAGUAAGAUUAUUGUGACUCCAAGGCCUCUGAAGCCAUUGCAGCCAUUCCAAAAACGUGCUACGCAAUCUUUGCUGUUAAGAGCAGUGCAAGAGGCAAAUCAAUCUGUUGUCAUGCAGAAAAAAAUAGAUCCAUGUUUGAAGGAACAGAAACCUACGAGUAACAUUAAAAUAACGCGAGAUCCUAAGGAAGGCAAAGUACUGGCAAUAAAUUUAAAUUCGAAUAAACAGCUUGUCCAGGAUAGGAUUCAAGUCGAACUAGCCAACCGUAAACGAAAAAAAAAGGCUAAGAAGCAUUUUUCACAAGAUGUCAGAGAAGAAGAUCUGGACGUCGUCAAGUCCUUGUUUAAAAGAAGCGAUGAUAAACAGCAAUUUUUAGUUACGUUGAAUGGGUAUAACAAUAAUGUCCUCAAAGAAAAAAAUUCUGAUGAUGAACAAUUGGAAAUGCAGGUUGAUGAAGGCAAUGAUUUUGAUGUUCAAUAUGAAGUAUAUGAUGAAAAUGAUGAAAUCAUAGAAUACAUUGAAGAGGAUCAAGACGAAUUUGAAAUUGUAGAUGACCACGAUAAUAGUGAUAUUUUGUAUGAUGAAGAGGAUCAAAUUCAUGAUUUAGACGUAAUUUAUGGAAAUGUACAUUAUCUCGAGCCAACUGUUGAUGUUGAAAGUGAUAAAAAUGAUACUACAGAGGACUCAAAAGAUAAAAAAAACACUUCAAACAAAAGAAGAAAGACUCAUAGUCCAAUUAUUUUUACACGAUCUCGAUCAAACAGUCCUACCAGCAAAUUUACUGUAGCAUCUACUGUAAGCUCUGCACUACAUGUAGACAAACGGCCACUCAUAAAUUCAGUUAUUACAACUGUUGCUGACAAAUCAAGUGAAAAAUGUCGGUACUGGCCAAAUUGCACAUUAGGUAUUAAAUGUGCUUACUAUCAUCCUGAUGUUCCAUGCAGCUCUUUUCCUGCCUGUAAAUUUGGAGACAAGUGUGCUUACAAACACCCAAAGUGUAAAUUCGGAUCGGCGUGCACGAAACUGGGAUGUAUAUUUUCUCAUCCUCCAUUACAAUGCAAAUAUCAUCCAUAUUGUAUGAAACCUAGCUGUCCGUUUUCACAUCCUAAAACCGCGAUUUCUAAUCCAUUAAGUCCCUUAAGUCCAUUACCUGAUAUUACUAGUGCACGUGCAAAGUUCAAGUGGACGAAAAAGGAAUAGUGUGUCAAAUGUAUCUUAUUUGCUUUAUCUAUUUGAUGAUAUUAUUUUCCUUAUGUAUAACUCUUAUGAAAUUCGAAUUGAAUUUCGUAGAAUAUAAUGUUUAUUCAUUCAACAUUUGAAAUUUUUCGAUUGUUAUUAAACUUUAGAUUAAUAUAAGAAUGAGUGUAGCAAUUGUAUAAUAUCUUAUAAUGGUAAAAUGAACCCGCUAUCAUGUACAUGUUUUAUAUUCUUAGUGAUUGAGAAGAAAAUUUGUUUUGAGAAAUAUAUAUCAAUUAAUAACUGGGUUCAAACCAAUGUUAUGACAUUUUUUUAAACCCCUUUUUUCAGAUUCAGAUAUACAACACUUUUUUAACACUUGACAUUUUUUGUGAUAAACCUUAAAUAAUUUAAUUACAUAUAUUUUUAAUUUAACAAGAAAUAUGCUCAUUUUUUUUCUCAAUACUUUUUUAGA